CGGUGCACGGACGGUCCCCGCCGUCCGCCCGGGUCCGGGGUGGGCGAGGGGCGGCGGGGGCGGAAGGGGAGGCGGAGGGCGCGCAGCGUCCCCGGGCGAUGUGGCGGCCCCCGCCCCCGCCCCCCGCCCCCCACCCGGCGCCGCUUCAGUCGGCGCUCGGCAGCGAGGCGGAGGGUCGCUGUCAGCGGCGCCGCUCCCUCCCUCCGUCCCACCACAAUGGGCAUCCUGUGGAUCCUGUGGCUGGUGCCCGCAGCCGCCGCGCUGGAAGAAACCUUGAUGGAUUCCACGACAGCAACAGCGGAGCUAGGGUGGACAGCCCAUCCUUCCACUGGCUGGGAAGAAGUCAGCGGAUAUGACGAGACCAUGAAUACAAUCAGAACAUACCAAGUCUGCAAUGUGUUUGAGGCCAGUCAGAACAACUGGCUCCGCACCAAGUACAUCAAGCGCAGAGGGGCCCAGCGCAUCCAUGUGGAGAUGAAGUUUUCCGUCCGUGACUGUAGCAGCAUUCCUAAUGUUCCUGGCUCCUGUAAAGAGACCUUCAAUCUCUACUACUAUGAAUCUGACACAGAUUCAGCAACAAAGUCAACUCCACACUGGAUGGAAAAUCCCUGGAUGAAAGUUGAUACGAUUGCAGCAGAUGAAAGCUUUUCCCAGGUGGACCUGGGAGGGAGGGUGAUGAAAAUUAACACAGAAAUCCGAAGUUUUGGCCCAGUGUCCAGGAAUGGCUUUUACCUGGCCUUUCAGGAUUAUGGGGGAUGCAUGUCCCUGAUAGCAGUCAAGGUGUUCUACCGCAAAUGCCCACGGGUCAUCCAGAAUGGGGCGAUUUUCCAGCAAACUCUGUCUGGAGCAGAGAGUACGUCCCUGGUCGUGGCUCGUGGGACCUGUGUCCCAAAUGCUGAGGAGGUGGAUGUGCCCAUCAAGCUGUACUGUAACGGAGAUGGAGAGUGGAUGGUUCCAAUAGGCCGUUGCAUGUGUAAGGCUGGCUACGAGUCAGUGGAGAAUGGCACCAUCUGUCGAGCAUGUCCGUUGGGAUCAUUUAAGCCUCUCCAAGGAGACGAUGUCUGUUUGAACUGUCCAGUCAACAGCCGGACUACCAAUGAAGGGGCCACAAGUUGUGUCUGUCGGAAUGGAUACUAUCGUUCAGACUCUGAUCCACAUGACAUGCCCUGCACCACAACACCAUCUGAACCGCAGACUGUUAUUUCCAGUGUAAAUGAAACGUCCCUGAACCUGGAAUGGACGUCUCCGCGAGAGACCGGAGGCAGGGAAGAUGUGGUUUACAAUGUGAUCUGUAAGAGCUGCAGUUCUGGGCGUGGACCAUGCACUCGAUGCGGGGAUAAUGUGCAGUUCGUCCCACGACAGCUGGGCUUGGCUGAGCCUCGUGUUUACAUCAGUGACCUGUUGGCGCACACACAAUACACCUUCGAGAUCCAGGCUGUGAAUGGAGUCUCUGAUCAAAGUCCUUACUCGCCCAGCUUUGCAUCCGUCAAUAUUACUACCAACCAGGCUGCGCCAUCUCCAAUUUCAUUUAUGCACCAAGUGAGCCGGACGGUGGACAGUGUCACACUGUCCUGGGCUCAACCUGACCAGCCCAACGGAGUCAUCCUGGACUACGAGCUCCAGUAUUAUGAGAAGGAUCAAACGGAGUACAACUCCUCAACGGUGAAGAGCCAGACAAACACCAUCACCAUCGGCAACUUGCGCGCUGGCACCAUCUAUGUCUUCCAAGUACGAGCACGGACCGUGGCUGGGUUUGGGCAAUUCAGCGGAAAGAUGUAUUUUCAGACAAUGACAGAAGCUGAAUACCAGAGCAGUGUCCAGGAGAAACUUCCUCUCAUCAUUGGAUCAGCAGCUGCUGGCCUGGUCUUCAUAAUUGCUGUUGUAGUCAUUCUCAUUGUUUGCAACAGGAGACAAGGAUUUGAGCGGGCAGACUUGGAAUAUACGGACAAACUGCAGCAUUACACAAGUGGCCAUGUGACACCUGGUAUGAAGAUUUAUAUCGAUCCAUUCACUUACGAAGAUCCCAAUGAGGCUGUAAAGGAAUUUGCCAAAGAGAUUGACAUGUCCAGUGUGAAGAUUGAACAGGUCAUUGGUGCAGGUGAAUUUGGAGAGGUAUGCAGUGGGCAUCUCAAGCUACCUGGAAAGAGGGAGAUAUUUGUGGCUAUCAAGACCUUAAAAUCUGGUUACACAGAGAAGCAGAGACGGGAUUUCCUGAGUGAAGCAAGCAUCAUGGGACAGUUUGAUCAUCCAAAUGUCAUACAUCUGGAAGGAGUUGUCACCAAAAGCAGCCCAGUAAUGAUUAUCACAGAGUUCAUGGAGAACGGGUCACUGGACUCCUUUCUCAGGCAAAAUGAUGGACAGUUCACGGUUAUACAGCUAGUUGGAAUGCUGCGUGGAAUUGCUGCUGGGAUGAAGUAUCUGGCAGACAUGAGCUACGUGCACAGAGACCUGGCUGCCCGCAAUAUUCUCGUCAACAGCAACCUUGUGUGCAAGGUUUCUGACUUUGGACUGUCCAGGUUCCUAGAGGAUGAUACAUCAGACCCAACGUAUACAAGUGCUUUGGGAGGGAAGAUUCCAAUACGCUGGACAGCACCAGAGGCCAUUCAGUAUAGGAAGUUCACAUCAGCCAGUGACGUUUGGAGUUAUGGUAUAGUCAUGUGGGAAGUAAUGUCCUAUGGGGAGAGACCUUACUGGGACAUGACCAAUCAAGAUGUGAUCAAUGCUAUUGAACAAGAUUAUCGACUACCUCCGCCUAUGGACUGUCCAACAGCUCUCCAUCAGUUAAUGCUCGACUGCUGGCAGAAGGAUCGGAACAAUAGGCCGAAGUUUGGGCAGAUUGUGAAUACUUUGGAUAAAAUGAUAAGGAAUCCAAACAGUUUAAAGGCUCUGACACCAUUAUCUUCAGGGGUAACAUUACCUUUGCUGGAUCGUACAGUUCCUGAUUUUUCCAGCUUCUCCACAGUAGGUGACUGGUUGGAGGCCAUUAAGAUGGGUCAAUAUAAAGAUAACUUUUUGAAUGAAGGCUUCACAUCGUUUGAAUUUGUCUCCCAAAUGACUGCAGAGGACAUGCUUCGAGUUGGUGUUACCUUGGCAGGACAUCAGAAGAAAAUUUUGAACAGUAUUCAGAUGAUGCAAACACAAAUGAAUCAAAUUCAGUCAAUGGAAGUCUGAUCGUGGGUUGGUCUGUACAAAGACGUUCCAUUUGGCAGUUCGGAGUAAUCUUAAACCAGGAGUCCUUAUGAGACUGACACAUUGCAACCUGGACCUUCACAGUCUAAAGUCCUUCUGAGAACUUCAACGAAGGCUGGAAAAGCUCUGUGAAACAAGAUUAACAUUUACAUUUAAUCCAGGAAAACCCUUUAAAAGGGUUCAAUCAACUGUAAUGUAAAACUAACAGAAUAUCCAAGGGACCAUGCAAUUAACCCAGAAUCUGUAAUUACCACAAACACUUUGUGUGAUAAUUCAGAAAUGGCUAAAGUGCCAAUGCCCUUUACAUUAUUUUUUCCUGAAACAAACAUAAAACAACAAAAUAAUGUGUAUAAUGAACUCAAAGUACAAUUUGGAAGUAUGCAGUUCAGAAUAUAUCACAGCCAUUUGUGUGCAAGAAUUAAAAUUCAGGAAUUAGAGGAAGCACAAGUUUUGAGGCUGGAUCCUUUAAUGUAAGUGGUGUGCAUCUCUCCAAGAAAAAAACUGAAGAACAGCAAACAAAACUGCAGUAGUUACA